GUGACGUCAAGAAAAUCAGCUGCUGCUUCUCAUGUGACUAAGAAAGCCCCGCCCCUCCAGCUUGUCAACUCUUGUUGCCAAUGUGUGGUCUCAGUGCCAGUCUGUGCCCGCUUGUAGUGGGGUAAAUUGUAGCGGGAAUUGCAGGGGGACAGCGUACCGAAAGGCAAGACAAUGCAAGCGGUGACUGAAAACUAAGAGCAGAAGUCGCCUAUCGCAAGCUGCUGUAGUGCAACAAGCGGCAGUGACAUUGUAGAUAGGGCGGGUACAUAUGCUCACCUAGUGCCCGUGCACCCCGACCGGAGCGGCCCUGAGCACCGCCACCUCCAUUGCUGCCUUCUGAUUAGAGCAGGGCUGUCCGCUGCUCCCACUUAUGUCCCGCAAAGCCAGCGACAAUGUGGAGUACACGCUGCGGAGCCUGAGCAACCUAAUGGGGGAGAAAAAGAGAAGGAAGCAGCAACAGGAGGAGGCAGCGGCAGCCGCCGGGGAAAGGAGUCUGAUAGCCUCCGCCGAGUCCUGCACGAGUAUUAAUAGCCAGAGUACGGGCGCCGGGGACUUAGAGCGGGCGGCCCGCAAGCAAUUCCAGCAGGAUGUCACCCCGGCUUUUGUUUACGUGGUGUCCGUGUUCUCGGCCCUCGGGGGGUUCCUGUUCGGCUAUGACACUGGGGUUGUGUCAGGGGCAAUGCUGCUGCUCAAGAGGGAGAUGAACCUAUCUGCUCUAUGGCAGGAACUACUGGUCUCCAGCACUGUGGGGGCAGCGGCACUGUCGGCUCUGGCGGGCGGCGUACUGAACGGAGUUCUGGGUCGCAGACCGUGUAUUCUCAUGGCCAGCCUUUUAUUCACCGCUGGAGCCGUGAUCCUGGCUGCUGCCCGCGACAAGGAGACGCUGCUAGGGGGACGCGUGGUGGUGGGACUCGGUAUUGGUAUUGCAUCUAUGACAGUACCAGUGUACAUUGCCGAAGCAGCUCCACCCCAUUUGAGAGGAAGACUGGUUACUAUUAAUACACUGUUCAUCACAGGAGGACAGUUCUCUGCUGCAGUGGUGGAUGGAGCAUUUAGUUAUCUUGCAAGAGAUGGCUGGAGGUAUAUGCUUGGACUUUCAGCUGUCCCUGCAGUUCUCCAGUUCCUUGGGUUUCUUUUCCUUCCAGAAAGUCCACGAUGGCUUAUUCAGAAGGGCCAAACACAAAAAGCAAGAAGAGUCUUAUCUCAGAUUCGUGGAAAUCAAACUAUUGAUGAAGAAUAUGACAGUAUAAAAAACAGUAUUGAUGAAGAAGAGAAGGAAGGAGCAACAGGUGGACCUAUUAUUUAUAGAAUGCUGAUAUAUCCUCCAACUCGACGUGCACUUAUAGUUGGCUGUGGGUUGCAGAUGUUCCAACAGCUGGCGGGUAUCAACACAGUAAUGUACUACAGUGCUACCAUAUUGCAGAUGUCUGGCGUGGAUGAUGACAGACUUGCCAUUUGGCUUGCUGCUGUUACAGCUUUUACUAAUUUUAGUUUUACACUACUCGGGGUAUGGCUAGUUGAAAAACUUGGCAGAAGAAAACUCACACUUGGAAGUCUUACAGGUACCACAGUUGCCCUUUUUGUCCUUGCUUUGGGUUUCUUGUUGUCUGCUCAGGUAUCACCACCUGUUACAUUUACACCAGGUGAUCCUUCAGGUCCGAAUUCUACUUGCACACAAUAUAGUUAUUGUAACAAAUGUAUGUUAGAUCCCAACUGUGGGUUUUGCUAUAAGAAGAAUGGCUCAAGUAUAGUUGACUCUUCAUGCAUCCCUGUAAACACAGAAUCUACUGACAGAGCUGCAUGGGGAAGAUGUAUGAAUGAAACCAAAUCCAAAGCAGGGGGCUCCAUUUGGGCUUAUAACUACUGUCCCACUUCAUACUCUUGGACUGCACUUUUAGGCCUCAUUUUGUAUUUGGUUUUCUUUGCACCAGGAAUGGGACCAAUGCCAUGGACUGUGAAUUCUGAAAUCUAUCCUUUGUGGGCUAGAAGUACAGGAAAUGCAUGUUCAUCUGGAGUGAAUUGGAUUUGUAAUGUUCUGAUUUCACUCACAUUUUUACACACAGCUGAGUAUCUCACAUAUUAUGGAGCAUUCUUCCUAUAUGCAGGAUUAGCGUGUGUGGGACUCAUAUUUAUUUAUGGAUGCCUUCCAGAGACUAAAGGGAAGAAACUGGAGGAAAUUGAAUCUUUAUUUGAAAGCAGGCUCUGUACGUGUGGUGCCUCUGAUUCCGAUGAGGGGAGGUAUAUAGAAUAUAUAAGAGUAAAGGGAAGUAAUUACCAUCUCUCUGACAAUGAUGCGUCUGAUGUGGAAUAAUUUUCCUCUGCAGAUGCAUGUUAAUCAUUUAAAAGCCUUCCAAGGAAGGGCAGCUAUAGGUGACCUCACAGUCCUGCUUCUGGUCUGGUUCCUUCUACAGUUCAAAAUGAACUUUUUAAAUAACAAUAUUAUCUAUGUUUAAUGCUGUUUUCAGUCGGAUAAGGGUAAAAGAGAAAAAUUUUACUUGGUUACGUGUUUACUUUAAGUUAUACCGUGUGCUUUCAGACAAUCUCCAAAUUGUAAUUUGCAUCAGGUAAUGCACAUUACUUUGCAGUUUAUUUUACAGUUUCUCAUGGGUUUUUUUUUUUUUAUUUUGUUCUGCUACGGAAAUGUUCUUUGCAGUUGUCUAAGUCUUCCUUUGUUAAUACCAUAAGUUGAACUAAUGUGGUUAUAGUCAACUGUGCACGAUCAAAACUAAUUCCAUGCACUUUUUUUUUUAUUUGCUUUUUUUUUUAUCUGUGAAAACUAGUAUGUGAGUAUUUGGCAGGAAACUUUUAUAUUGUGUAUAUAUUUUUAACAUUCCAAAAUGUAAUAUUUUCUGCAAAAAAUAAUCUUUCUAAAAUGUAGGAAUCUAACAAAAAGCACAAACCAUAUAUAUUUUCAAUUCCAAUGGAAAAUUUAUUUUUAGUAGCUCCUCCUUAGAUCAGUUCAAGCCUUUUGUUAAUGCCAAGCAAGCCUCUACUGCAUGGGUUAGUUUAGAUAGCAGUUUAGUGAGGGGAAAUCUCUCUCUAUAAAUGUGGAGGUGAGAUUGUACCUUGUAGUGUAGAAUGAUUACUGAUGUCUAUAUAAAGAUAAUUCACUAUUUAUAUGUUUCUUUUGUUUCACAAAUAAAUAUGAGUUAGAUCAGAGCCUAAAAGAGUACAGUAUCCCUUUAUUGUAUUGUUAUUCACAUCAUCCUAAACUUAGGCCUAACUUAUUCCCACAUGCACAGGUUAAUGUAGCAUGCUAUGUUCCAUACGGGUAAGAAAUACAAUGUGGAGUAAGUAGCUUUUUGGGAACAGAGGGAAAGAAGCAAGUAAACCAGUAAUACGCUGGAGAAUCUGUAUGCUAGACAUACUGUAUGUAGUGAAGUGACAAACACAGGAAAAUAAUGAAACAAGCCAGAUAGGGGUUAUAAAGGAAACUAAGAUGGAAGGAGAGACAGUGGUUGCCAAUAAUCUUAUUUAAUGGUAGAAACUUUUUUUUGUUCUACUUUGCUUUUAAUGGUGAUUCCAGACACAGCUUUAUCUACCUGUACAUACUUGCAUAUUAUUUUUAUGUUCAAACCUCCUGUUUUCAAAAACAGUUUAAACAAUUGUCUACAUAUAGCAGAUUCUGCAGAGGACAGACCUCUGGGGCACUAAUAUUACUAACAUACAAUUUGGAGAUUGAAUAUAUAUAUGUAUAUAUAAAGUGUUUGUCACAUUUACAUUAACUGUGUUGCCAAACUAACAUUUAUUAUUGUAUUGUUUGCCAUUUACUGAAAUCAAACUUACUAUAUAACACGCUACACUUUUCUACCAAAAGUGUACAUUUUCACAUAAAUAUAGUUGUAUGCUCAAUGUGUUGUAUGUACGUGAGAACUUUUUGACAUUAUAUAUUUAUAAUGAAAUGCUGCAUUGUUUUCCCUGAGACAACCCUCUAAAACUUUUCCAGGAUAGGCUGUAUCUGUUUUUUUAGGGCCAUUCAUACUUCACACACCCCUACUACUAUGACCCCUAUAUAUCUAAAUGUGUCACAUGCACAUGAUCUAUCUAAAUGUUUGCAGGCAAAACAUUUGUAGAUCAAAUAAGUACCACAUAUAACCAACUUCUUGUCCUAAAUUGAUUAAGUAGUGUAUUUAUGAAAUUAUGCACCAAAGUGGCCUGGGGUGCAGAAUCAUAUCUGGCAUCAUCCAAUGGUAUUAAGAAUCUUAUUUCCAUGAUUCUUAAAUUGCUAUAGUCAGCACUCACAUCAAAAAUGAUAAAUAGGAUAGGUGGUAGCAUGCUCCACAUCAAGGAUAUAGUGACAAGAGGGUCAGAGCUGAAUUCAUCCAGGCUUAAGCACUGCCUUUCUAUAUCAGCACUUUUGAGCUUCUGAGUAUAAAUGUAAUUUAAAGGGUCCUUGUUGGAGACAAAUAACAUGGAAGAUCCAUGAAUGCUUCAUUUCUUCCUUUUGUAAAAUAUA